AUUACUCUCUACACGUCAACAUAAUUUUGCUCUCCCAUUUCUUUGGUGUCUUUCUUAAAUUAAAUAAAUAAAUUGUAUUCAUCUCAAUAAAAAAAAAAUUGUAUAUUCCAUUUCUCUUAUAUUUUCUUCAACACCAUAAUUUCUCCCUCGCAAAAACAUCAAACUUGUAACUAUAUUUUGGGGUUAAUAUCUUUGCAUGCACCUUAUUGUGUUCGGAUACACUUGCCUCGCGUGCUCCCUUGGUGAUUGAAAUUGAUUAAGGAGUAAUCUGUAGGCCGUACUAUUCGCCGUAGUAUUGCGUGUAAAUAUGACAGGAAGUUUUAAGAAACGGAUGCUGCUAUGUUGUGGAAAACAACUUCCGAAAGAAAAAAUGGGGAGCAAAUACGAGGAAGCCAUAGCUGGUCUGACGAAGCUUCUAAGUGAGAAAGACGGAUUAAAUGACGCAGCAGCCGCAAAAAUAAAGCAGAUAACAGCCGAGUUACAGGGAAAACCAACCGAAAAUGGCGUUGCCAAAGAUGUGUCUGUGUCCGACCCGGUCCAACGCCUUACUUCCGGUUUCCUCCGGUUCAAAACUGAGAAAUACGAGAAGAAUCCUGCUUUGUACGGUGAACUUGCCAAAGGUCAAAGCCCCAAGUUUUUGGUGUUUGCCUGUUCAGAUUCCCGAGUUUGCCCUUCGCACAUCUUUGAUUUUCAGCCUGGGGAGGCCUUCUCUGUCAGAAAUAUUGCCAACAUGGUCCCACCUUAUGAUAAGAAAAAAUUUCCUGGUUCAGGAGCAGCUAUUGAAUAUGCUGUUUUGCAUCUCAAGGUGGAGAAUAUUGUAGUGGUUGGACACAGUUGCUGUGGAGGAAUUAAGGGGCUAAUGUCCAUCCCUGAUGACGGCUGUACUUCUUCUGAUUUCAUAGAAAAUUGGGUCCAGAUCGGAAACCUUGCCAGGUCCAAGGUGAAAUCAGAACUCAACAGUGCAGAGUUUACUGAACAAUGCAAAAACUGCGAGAAGGAAGCUGUGAAUGUCUCACUUGGGAACUUAUUGACAUACCCAUUUGUAAGAGAAGCAGUAGUGAAGAAAACUCUGGCUCUAAAGGGUGCACACUAUGAUUUUGUCAACGGAUGUUUCGAGAUUUGGAAUCUUGACUUUUCUCUUUCAACUUCUACAAAAGUAUGAAGAAAAAAACAUGUUAAAUCAUAUACGGAACGAGUAAUAUAUUAUAUAUAUGUAACCAAUCACCUUUUACUUUUGUUUCGGUUCUUUUACAAGGUUUCCCUUGUUUUGUUCUUUGAGUUACUACUUGUGUAAUCUAUGUCAAUAUGCACAUCAAUGCAGAAAUAAUAAAAAGUUUUCGUUUAUUUAUUUAA